CCAGGAUUCAUUGUGCUUCAGUGACAAACCAUUUCAAUGAUGCUUUAACUCAACGGAACGACUAACGUAACACAUGCUACAAAAACAGACGAGGGUGGGACAAGCUGAGAGAGACGACGAUGCAGAGCGACGAGGAGCUGAGGAGCCGAGGAGCCGAGGAGGAACAUGACUGACUAGCUGCUCUGUGAUUGGCCAGCAUCAGUAUCAAGAUGGCACACCUCUUCCUCACCAGUAAGAUCACCGUGGACGACCUUCACUGCAAAGGUGGUCCCAGGAUCCCCAGGAGUGCCAUGAAGCCGCCGGCGUCCAUCUCUGCAAAGAAGCUGAACCGGGACAAGCCCAGGAAGGACCACAGCGUUGUCGUGGUGACGCGCGUCCCACAUGUCAAUGAGGUCCAGCUAACGGCAGCCACUGGUGGUGCCGAGAUGUCCUGCUACCGCUGCACCGUGCCGUUUGGCGUGGUUGUCCUUAUCGCUGGCAUCGUUGUCACAGCAAUUGCGUACACCUUCAACUCUCACGGGUCCACCAUCUCAGUACUGGGGCUGGUGCUGCUGUCCGCCGGGCUGGGACUGCUGGGCUCCAGCGCCAUCUGCUGGAGGGUUCGACUGAGGAAGAAGAUAGACAAACGGAGGGAGAGUCAGACCGCCCUCAUUGCCAGUCAGGGGUACUGCGUGGCCUGAUAAGAAAUUGAUGAUGACGCUGUCGUGGGUCACAUGACACACAACCACAACCUCACACAGACUCCACAGACGUUGAGCUGGAUGAAGGACGAUGGUUAAACUUUCUUCUACAAACGUCCAGUUCUGAGAUGAACAGGAAAAAAAACCUGUUUCACGAUGGAUCAGUCGUCACAGAAUGAAACUAAAAUAACCAACAAUCUUAAAACUUUUGUUCUCGCAGAUUUUUUUAUCUGUUCUUUGGACAAAACAAGACUUUUAUUGACGUCACUUUGACUCUGGGAACUUCUGCUGAGAACUUUCUACGGAGGCCCCCAAGGGUCACAUAGUGUGAAAAGAACAUUGUCAUGGAAUCGUUGGGAUUAAAGGCUCAAGGUUCAAAGCAUAUUGUGAUGUCAAAACCUUGAGAUGAUAAAAUGCAGUUAAAUAAAAGCACAAACUAAUAAUUCAUCUUAAUAAAAGCAACAAUAUCAAAAUAAAAUAUCACUUCCUGUUAAACUAGUGAACCAAUGCAUCUUCGUCAUCAUUCAAACAGAGAAAAGUCCGUCGUCUGAGAGGUUUCACAAUGACUCUGACUCAUCAAGGUGAAGUUAAAUAUUUAACAACAAUAAAUUCAAUCUGUGCUUUUAUUCAUUGAAUAAAUGAGUCAGACUCUUGAACGCACUCUGAUAAUGUGGAAAGAGUUUAUAUAUAAACAUGUUCAGUCUGUAACUAAAUGCUGCUAAUAAUCGAUAUAUUCUGACAAA